UCGCCGAGUCGCCCCACGCAAGGGUUGAGAGACUCUCGCGCACCGACGCCGUCUAUAUAGUUCGCUAACCCUGCGCCGCGCGCGUCUCUCUCUCUCUCUCUCUCUCUGCCUCUAUAUAAGCCCGGACGCUGUACCCCGGUCUCUGCAUUCUUUAUUCGAAGCUCGUCGCGGCCGCUUGUGUUUCGAAUUUUCCCGCCAAGGGAAUGUAAAAUGCCAUUGGCGGCGAUCAGAGUGCUGAGAUGUCGGCGCGGCUGCUGCGGAUCGUCGUCGACUGCUUCCAGGGCAGCAGAGAUCGGAGUCCGAGUUGUAGUCAAGGAAUGCACUGCCUAGGAGCCGGUUCGGGCGGCCAAGUCAGCCCUAGCGGCUUCAGCAGUCGCAGCAGUAUCCUCAGUGUGGUCCGAGCUGUUGGAGUCCUCGUGUGCGAAGGAAGGAUCCAGGGUCCCCCGCGCGGUUACAAGGAGGGCCCGCACUGCGUGCCGCCGUUGCAGCCCCAGCCUAACAAUCAUGUCUGCGAAAAAGAUAAUUACUCGUGCGAUCGAUACCUCGUGUUGGUGCGCGAGAUAACCGAGCGAGUGUCCAGCGGCUCGUACCUCUGCGUCGAGGUGGUCCUCUGCAGCGACUGCCCCUGUGGCCUGGUCAAGUCCAAGAGUAAACAUCUGGUUCUCAGCUCGCCGCCCAUAACAUCAUGGCAACACUCGUCGGAGAUGCUGCUCGAGUACUGGUGCAUCGGCGUCGUAUCCAGCAAUUGCAGGAGCCCGGAAACGAUGAACGCCCAGGGCCUAUACCAAGCCGUGCGAUCGCGGCUGCACUUCAGUCAGGUGGCGGCCUGGUGGUCGAGGACAAACGGCUCGCGACCCUGUCACAUAGCGACCAGGAUCGUCAAGCAGUCCUCGUCCUUCUCAGGCAGCGACGAGCAUCUGAGACGCUUCCGCGAGGCACCGGCUGAGCACACCUUUCCCCUGGCUAGUGUCGGCGAUGGCAAUUCCGUGAAGGUCACCGUGUGGGCCCUACCCCGGAUGGAGGACAUCCCCAACCUCCACUGUCCGGCUCACCCCCAACCGCAACUCCAACAACAACAACAACAACAGCAACAACAGCAACAACAACAACAGCAUCAACAACAACAGCAACCGCAGCAGCAGCAACCAGCACAGCCCCUCCUGGAACAGCCGUUGACGAGCACCACCGCGCCGACCACCGCCCUGCCGGUCCUCGAGAACCUCUGCGAGCAGCCGAGCAACAGCCCACCGGCGCGAGCCACCCCCCUCGAAAUGCCCGCUCUGCUCGACGACCGACUCCAGAUCCCCUGUGACAAGCCCGGCAAGCACCACUGCCGCUGCGCCGACGAGGAGGACGAGGAGGUCGUUCUCCAGCCCCUCCCGAUCCGUGCCAACGGCGAGCGCAAGCGCCGGCGCUCCCUGCCCUGUCGGCCCCAGCCGCCCGUCGCCGAAAGCCAGCCUUGCGCGAGUCACUCGCCGACCCCGGCGACCGAGUCCCUGCCACCGCUCAAGGAACCGCCGCCGCCGCCGCCGUCGCCGCUGCUGCUGCUGCUGCAGGCGCAGCCCUCGCCAUCCAAGGACAGCAGUCACCUACUCGACGGCCUCGAGCGCAGCUUCCGCACCCAGCUCAGCAUCGACGCCGAGCAGCAGGACUGCUGCGGCAACCUCGAGAAGCGCUACAAGCGCUCCGAGUCCAGUAGCAGCACCACCUCCACCGCCACCACCGCCACCACCGCCAGCAGCAGCUCCACCACCAAGGACAGCAGCAACACACACGUGCCUUUGCUCAUGCCCUGGAUUUCUUACAGUGCCAACGGCAACGUCGUCGCCAACAAGCCAUCGCCCCCGACGCCGCCCGGCAUGAACCUCGUGCUCAACCCGUUCUGCAGCGACCGCAGCGCCCUGGCCCUGGCCCGCGCCAAGAGCCUCGAGCCCCAGCACCUCCUCCAGCAGCAGAAAAAGGACAAGGAGAGCAGCCCCGCCAGCGGCAAGUCCGAGCAGCCGCCCGGCAUCCUCGACUGGAUCUACCGGGCCCCUGGUCGCGUCCUCGGCGCCGAUCAAGAAACUCAGCGCACGCCGACCCCAAACAACCAUCACCAGCAGACGGCGCCGAACAAGGGGCGCAAUUGCAAUUUUGCGCUCAGCGCCAAGGAGUUCGACGAGGUGCUGGCCGUGCUGAGGGCGAGGACGCCGCUCGGCCGGAGGCGGACGGCCUUGAGGACGGCCAAGCGCCGAGAGAAGUACGACAAGCUGGUCAACGAGCAGCAACAGCAGCAGCACGCAACGACGACCUGCGGUAGGGUCACGGUGGUGGACAACGUGUCGAACAAGGGCGACGUGCUGCUCGGAGCCAUUCUCAGAACGUCGAGCAAGGAGAACGCGAGCGCGAGAAAGGGCCUGGCCGACAUUUCGAACGGGACGAGGCCCAGAAUGCCCAGCAAGGAGGAAACCAUCACCAACGCCAGCGAGACCAAGACGACAACGACGACGAGCUCUUGCCCAGUAAGCACCGGCAACGGCGUUACCUCGCCCGACGGCUGCGAUACGUCCUUGCCCUCCGCUCUGAACAAGCGACUCUCGCGACUCACGAGACUGUUCAAGCGUCAGGAGCAGGACAAACUGACAACGUCGAAGGAUAGCGACUGCCACUCGCCGUCGCCGUCGCCGUCGCCCUUGCCGUCGCCUCAACGAACGAAUCACUUGCUCGCCGACUCCAAGGUCAAGCGGAGAAUCGACUUUUCCUCGGAGCGAACGGGAGCCGACGGGCUCGAGCAAGAGUGGGCGGACGACGAGGAAGAGGAUGAAGAGGAGGAUGAUGACGAGGAAGACGAGGAGGAGGAGGAGGAGGAAGAAGAGGAUGAAGACGAGGUCGACGAGUCACAAUGUGAUUCUUCAGUCGGGACCAGUACAAACAGCGUACACCUUAACUCGAUAUUCCAUAGUACAAAUUACGAGAAGAGGAACGGCUGCUGCUCCCCGGAUCAGCCUCAGAAGCUCAAGACCGAGAGGCAACGCCAGCGCGCGGAAUGUUGCACGGAAGGCAAAAAAACAGCAACAACAGCAGGGAAGAAAAAGUCCCGUGGCAAGCAAGACCUCUCGCCCAUCUGGGUCAACCACAACAAUAAUCACGUGAGCAACGACGACAGCAAAAUCAACGGCAACGAGCCUGCCACGGAAUCCGAGGCCGACAGGACGCUCGUACCCUCGGCUAAGGAGCAGGAGAGAUUCAGGAGGUCACUGGAGAAUGCCGCGUCCAUGGUGUUUCACAGCAGAACUGGACUGCCGCUCACCUCCAGUCCGGCGCCACUAAGAAGGGGCAGCUGCUGUUUCGACUUUGACAGCAGCCUCAACAGCGUGUCGUCCAAACGAAGCGCACUAUUUGAAUUGAACACUCCCCCGAGUCCUGGCGCCGUGUCUCUCGAGGAGGGCGACAGAGAAACGGAAAGUGCUUGUGAUAUUGAGGACGUGACUAGACAGCGAUCGACGUCGCGCAAUCGACCGCAGAGUCACGCUCUUCUUGGAAGUUUCGAGGAGUCAGCUUUGAACGGUAGACUAGAGCCGGUUUCAACAGUUCACGGAUUUACUGCUGAAAUCGGAGCCAGUGGAUCUUUUUGUCCAAAACAUCAAAAACUUCCAGUCACUGUAUUUUUUUAUACGCUUGGAGACAACGACAAAGUUUCCUCUCCGUACCUUGCUCACAUAAACCUAGGUAAAAAGGGAUAUCAGGUACCAAGAUCGGGAACGAUUCAAGUUACGCUCUCAAAUCCACUAGGCACAGUCGUCAAAAUGUUUGUAGUCCGUUACGAUCUUUCCGACAUGCCUGCAAGAUCUCAUACAUUUUUGCGCCAGCGAACUCUGCGCGACAAGAUGUUACGCUACCUCAUUCAUCUUAGAUUUAUGUCUGGAAAAUCCGGACGUAUUUACUUACACACAGAUGUGAGAAUGAUCAUUUGUCGUAAGUCAGACGUAGAUACCGCAUCGGACUUCGGUUCCGAGCCGCCAAAGGAGCUGCGCAGCUACAUUCACGGUCCCACGAAUCCAAAAUUUUCACCAAGGUGCUGAGCCACGUGGCUCUUCCCGUGGGGUUGCUGUCAACCACUUCAGCCGUCGAAUCCUCAACCCGUCUUCGUGUGAGAGCAGAAAGUCGUCAGCGUUGGAGCGCGUUUAACGGAGCACACAUGGAGGAUGCUAAUGGCGGCCCGCAAGUGGCCUACGGCAUACUGAGAGGGAACACGAUAAUCGAUUGUCUCAUCGACUCUUGUGAAGCAGAUUCUUCGUCCCUACCGCUUAAUGAUAAUCUUUCGUUAUGUAGUUUUGUAAUCGACUAAAUUUUUAACAUUUGUUUCAACGAUAUCUACGUUAAUUGUUUUUAAAACGUGUUGCAACUAUCAAUACGGAUAUAUCGAGCCGUAAUUUGUUUAUCAUUUUCGACACUGUUACGAGUCUUUCGUUCUUCUUUUAGCUCUCAAUUGUCAAUUGUGAUUAAUUUGCGUUACAUCAAACAUGGUUUGACGAAGAAAAAAAUUGUAAUAAGAAAAGAAAUUUUGUUUGCGCUGUGCAAUCCAAGUCUUGAGAAAAGAAAAUUCAAAUUUUCAUGCUCUUGGCAGUAGUCUCUUGAAAUGCUUUAAUUAUUCAAAAGUGUCUUGAACAAUGUGCUCGUGAUUUUGCCAGAAGCUUUAGAGAAUUAGUAAAGGCCAUUUUCUCAACUCUUUGUACAUACAUAUAGUCGUCUAUUAAAGUCAUCCGGAGAAUAUUUUACGUGGGAUGAUACUGCCAUGUAUGUAGCACCCUGCUCUAUAAUGAAAAAGUGAUAUAUUAGGAAGAAGAAACAGUCAAACUGAAUCGUUCGUUGAAUCUUCAAAUAUGAUAAUUCUGUAAUUAUAAAGGACAAUAAGAUAAUAUCCAACGCAUCUUAAUUAAAUUCAAGUUAUAGACGUAUCUAUUUUUCGGAAACAACGACCGAUGCGCUCGUUUCUUGCUUCCACAAAGAAAAAAACAGAUUAUUUACAUGUAUAAAAAAGAACACAUUUUUGUGUCCAUAGCACUGUGAUGAAUAUAUUGAUAUAGAUACGAAAUAUCUGUUAAAGAGUAACUAUUUGCGUAUUAGGUAUACAAUUUAGUAUAAUUAUUAAUAUUCUACUAAUGUCGAACGAGGAAAAAACGUAACUAUGCAUAUUAUACCGACCGGAUCAGUAGUGGCGAAUUUCAUCGCCUUACGUCGUUAUUUUCGUAAUUCGAGAUGCUUAUUUUUUUGUAGAAAAAACAAUUUCUCAGCGAUUUGAGAUAAAGAAAGCAUAAAAAAUAUAUAAAUAAUAAAUAUAAAAUCAAAAAUCGCUUAUCGAAAGCCUUCAGUGCAUCCGCUAAUGAGGAAACAAACGUUCCUGUUUUCAUUACAAAAAUAUCUCUGAAAUUUAUUUGUACUCUUACGAUUUUUGUACUUUCAGUUAUUAUUGCCGGUAUUUGCGAGUUUUUUCAUACGUGAUUUUCCGAAAAUUAUUAAUUACAAAAUAUUUUUAUCAUUUUUUUUAAAAAUUUGAUUUACAAAUUUAUUUGCGAUUCCAUAAUUUGUGUAGUUAGUAGAAGUUAUUUUUGGAAAAACAAAUAUUUUCUUAAAAAGAAAACAACACUUUAUAAUAUGAGUUCUGGAAUUGGAAAUAAAUUUUCAACAUAAAAUAAACGUUUUUUAUAUAUUUCAAUAUAUAUAUGUUUUUUUAAUCAAUUCUUCCUUUUUCCCCGUUACAUAAUCAGAGGUAUUUUUUACUAGCAUACAACAGCUGAUACAACCGUCUUCGAUCGUCCUCUGUAUUUUGAAAAAAAACUGUAAUUUUUCAAGAAGCCAAGUUCCAGUAAUAAAAUUUAUUGUGAGAAUAAAUAAAUAAAAUAUAAACAUGUAACCUAAAGGCAAUAGUAAGCAACAAACGCAAACACUUCUUUGUAAAUUGUCUUGGAAGCCAUUAUCAAUGAUGUGAUGGCAAUAAUACAUGAAAGGAGAAAUAGAAACGCAAGAGUUUAAUGGCGAAAAAUGUGAUUAAAUAGACGAAACUCGUUUGAGAGUUUUAUUCGUGAUUUUAGUAGAAUAUAAAUAGAAUUAAAAAUCGUAGAUCAUUUAAUCACUGCCAUGAUGUAUAUAUUUCAAGCAUAAACUAAUACAAAUCUAGGUUUCCUUAAUCGCAAACCUAUUUAUGUAUUUGUAUAUGCUGUACACAUACAUACUUUCUUUUAGAGUAGAUAAAGUUCAAGAUUUAACAAUUCUAGUGUUUAUGGUGUGUCAAUAAAAGUACGGUUUAAGAAAGCAAAAGCAAAAAUCUUCAAUUAACAAGAAAAUUACUUUUGAAUUGCAAAGUUAAUUUGCAAUGUUAUAAUUUCAUGGUUCGCUAAGGGGAUGUGCGAAAAAAUAUUACAAAAUAAUUUUAAAAAAUAUAUUUUUUUCUCAAUAUCCAGUAAGGAGCUCCUCAUAGUCAAUUUCGAUUAACCAAGCUAGAAGCCUAUUUGUAAGUUAAAGAAUCUAUUAUUUUGUAAACUGACUUGUUAUUGCGAAUUCUUAUUAGUUUAAGCGCAAUCGUAGGUACAGAAAAAAUUGAUUGUAAGCUGAAGGAACAUAACCGAAUGUAAUAAAGAUGAUUUAAGUAUAUGAAA